AUCCCUUUCCUUUCCUUCACCUCACUCGCUCUCUCGCCUCUCUCUCCGUGCGGUGACUGACUGGGCAACCGCCACCGCCCUCCCCCUCCGUCGGGUCUUCGCCGGCGCCACCAGCGACGACUGGGCGGUCUGUGUCCCUCUUCGCCGGAGACGAUCACCCACCAGGUGGAUGUCGAUUUUUUGGUUGACAAGUUGAAGGUUACGAACUACUUUGAUCCUGAGGUGAAGAAGUAAUGAUCCGCCCAGGCUCAAGGGACUCGCAAAAUUAUGAUAACAAUAAUCAAAGAGUUCAUCCGCAACCAGUUGAUGAGAACAUGAAUCAGAACGGGGACUCAGUGGACACUAUGAUCGGGAGGAUAUUCAACAACAUAUCCUCUUUAAAAUCUGCAUACAUUCAGCUGCAGGAAGCCCACACCCCAUAUGACCCUGACAAGAUCCAGGAAGCUGAUAAACUUGUCAUAGAGGAGCUUACAAAUCUUUCAGAGCUCAAGCAUGCUUACAGAGAAAAACAUCCUAAGCCAAUAGCUGCAUCCCCUCAAGAUUCACGCUUGCUCUCUGAAAUACAAGAGCAGCAGAAUUUGUUGAAGACCUACGAGGUCAUGGUAAAGAAGUUCCAGUCCCAGAUCCAGACUAGAGACACUGAGAUAACCCAUUUACAGCAGCAAAUUGAUGAAGCUAAACUUCGGAAAUCAAAGCUAGAGAAGAAACUGAAACAGAGGGGCCUACUUAACAGGGAGUCAGAGGAAUCUGACGAAGAAGAGAACUACUUUUCCAUUGAAUUGACGCCAAGUUUGUUUACAUCUGCUGUCGAUAAUGCAUACCAGUCCAUACAUGAAUUUUCAAAGCCUUUGAUCAACAUGAUGAAGGCUGCAGGUUGGGAUCUUGAUGGGGCUGCCAAUGCGAUCGAACCUGGUGUGGUUUACACAAGAAGGGCUCACAAGAAGUUUGCUUUUGAAUCCUAUAUUUGCCAAAGAAUGUUCAGUGGGUUCCAAGAGGAGAGCUUUUCUAUCAAGGAUUCUAACAUCAGUGUUUCCAAUGAGGCUUUCUUCCACCAAUUCCUUGCAGUGCGAGCCAUGGAUCCUCUGGAUGUCCUGAGCCAGAACCCUGAUUCAGUAUUCGGAAAGUUCUGUAGAAGUAAGUACCUUUUGCUUGUGCAUCAAAAAAUGGAAGGUUCUUUCUUCGGCAACAUGGAUCAGAGGAACUACGUCAUGAGCGGUGGCCAUCCAAGGACACCUUUCUACCAGGCAUUCCUAAAGCUAGCAAAGUCCAUAUGGUUGCUGCACAGGUUGGCGUACUCCUUCGACCCAAAGGCAAAGGUGUUUCAAGUGAAAAAGGGGAGUGAAUUUUCGGAUAUCCACAUGGAGAGCGUCGUGAAGAACAUCAUCCUAGAAGAAGGUGCGGAGAGGCCAAAAGUCGGCCUGAUGGUGAUGCCUGGUUUCCUGAUCGGGACCAGCGUCAUACAGUCCCGUGUGUACCUUUCAGAUGCCAAGUGUGCUGACUGACUGAAGAUUGCACAAGGAGCUUGAGGGGGUGCCUUUGCUCCUUGGGAGAGCUACCAGCAGCAUAAGUUUAUGGUGGACUGUUGUCUUGUAUGUAAUGCGUGAGACCUGUUGCUUCAAUGCCGUGCUACGUGAUUCUGUCCAGUGGGCUUGUGGUUUCCCCAUGUUGCAUUUCCAUGUGUUAUACGGCUAUGUAAUUCUGCCCAGUGUUUUGCACACAUUAUCAGGGUGAUUGAUUGAUCGUGUAGGCUGCACUUUUCAUCUGAAAUGUGUUUGCCCAAUCAAUCAGAUGAUUCUGUUGGUGUUCCAUGUCAAGUGUUGUAGCUUAGUUUCUUUGAACAAGGUGUGUGGAGGAUUUUGAUGGACAAUGAUAAAACUGAUGACAAUUUAGUUGCUUCA